AGACUCGUUCAUGCGUCUCGGUCAGCGCAAGCCGUAACCCAUUUGUCAGUAUCUAUCAGUUCUACUUCGUUCCUCUCAAGCACCUCAAAGAGAACAGCGCGCCAAAAGCAUCGUUCCGUGUUCCGACCACCACAACAUGCCGGAGUUACCGGAGGUGGAGGCGGCGAGGAGAGCCAUAGAAGAGCAUUGCGUCGGGAAAGUAAUCAAGAAGGCGGUAAUAGCCGACGAUACGAAGGUUAUCGACGGCGUAUCACCUUCCGAUUUUGAGGCUUCGCUCUUAGGCAAAACCAUCCUCUCCGCCCAUCGUAAGGGCAAGCACCUGUGGCUCUGUCUCGAUUCUCCUCCUUUCCCUGCAUUUCACUUCGGGAUGGCAGGUGCCAUAUAUAUUAAAGGUGUGGCUGUCACAAACUAUAAAAGGUCUAUGGUUAAUGACGAUGAUGAGUGGCCUUCUAAGUACUCUAAGUUCUUUGUUGAGCUCGAUGAUGGUGUAGACCUAUCCUUCACUGACAAAAGGCGAUUUGCAAAAGUCUCCCUGCUCGAAGAUCCGGCUUCAGUGCCCCCAAUAUCUAAGCUUGGCCCAGAUGCUCUUCUAGAGCCUAUGGCAUUGGAUGAGUUUAUUGAAUCCCUGAAGAAGAAGAAACUAGCAAUUAAGACUUUAUUGCUUGAUCAGAGUUACAUUUCGGGUAUUGGCAAUUGGGUUGCAGAUGAAGUGCUUUAUCAAGCAAGAAUUCAUCCAAAUCAAAGUGCUGCAACCCUCUCCAAAGAAAGUUGUGCAGCUUUGCAUAAGAGCAUACAGGAGGUAAUUGAAAAAGCGCUUGAAGUUGGAGCAGAUAGUAGUCGGUUCCCUAAUAAUUGGAUUUUCCAUUCACGUGAAAAGAAGCCUGGCAAGGCUUUUGUUGAUGGUAAGGAAAUCCACUUUAUCACCACAGGUGGCAGGACAUCAGCCUUUGUACCUGAGUUGCAAAAGCUUACUGGAGCUGAACCGAAAAAUCAAAACUCAAAGAGAAAAGGCAACGAUAACAAGAAAAUGAAUGAUGAGAGCGAUGGUGAACUAGUGAGCAAGACAAAGAAAACUGCCGAUAUUAAGCAGAAGCCAAAGCCUAAAGGUCGCUCUAAGAAACCUUCAAAAAGAAAAUCCAAAAGCGAGGACGAUGAUGGGUCUGACGAGGAAGCUGAAAAUGAUGAUGCUAGUGAUGAUGACAAUGGUCGCCCUGAAGGAAAGAAGAAAGUGGGAACGAAAACAAAUAUUGGACAAAGGUUUGAUGCUGCUUCUGAACCAGAUAAGUCUUUGAAGCAAACGGUUCGGAGCAGUCAAAUUGGUAGGCGGAGGAAGAAAGCAAAGUAAGUUUAUUUCCUAAGACAUCAUGUGUAGUAUUUUGUGUGUGGGGGGUUUAACUAUGAGAACAUCAAUCUAUAGAAGAACUUGCCCUUUUGUCGUUACUGUUAAUCCUACCCGUAGAUGUGGGGCAUGACUUUUGUAUCAUCCGUGCAUUUUGAAUGGAGAUGUUCAGCUCGGUUUUUCUUCUUCUAAAUGCACGGUUGUGCUCACAUCAUUUAUAUAUAUAUAUAUAUAUUGAUGUCCUCA